AUGGCCGGAGACCACGGAACUAUUAAGAUUGACCCUGCCAUCGAAAGGUGGGGUGCUAUGAGAGAUAAUCUCUGGAAGGGCUUUCGCAUGACCCCUUAUGCUGCUCCUCGUGUAAUACUUUGGCUUGGUGCCGUUCCUUUGGGUUUAUUAGCGUUGUCUGCAGGUCUUGAUACAAAGAUACAAUGGGCGGGAAAGCGCAAAGGUGAAUCUCUAUUCACCAAGGCACCAGAAGCAUCCACAACCACCGAAUGA